GCAAGGUCUGGUAAGUCCCGGUUCUACUUAGGAUCAUAAAUGGAGACAGAGUGUCUGUCUCGUGUAUGCGGUGAUCCGUGAUUCAAACUCCAGCUACGUUGUUUUACAAUAUCUAACUCCAGAUGGCGUAUCCUCAAACUGCCUUCCGAGCGGUAAAGCUCAGUCCAGGAUCGUUGAUCCACAAAAGGCAUGAAACGGUUUUCUCGACUACCCUUAUGUAUCAGCUUGAGGUGUUGAAAGGAACCGGAAGAUACGAUGCCUUCAAGCUGGGAUGGCAUCCUUCGUAUGAUGACCCGCCGGACGUUUGGCCAAUUCCGAACCAUCUUUUUUGGGACUCGGACAUUGCCAAAUGGAUCGAAGGUGCUUGCUAUCUUUUGGGAAAUCACCAGAGCUCAGAGGUAGACACUGCAAUUCACGAGUUAGUGGCUAUGAUACGAUCUGCGCAACAGCCAGAUGGAUACAUCAACAUCCACUUCACCGUGGUUGAACCGGAGAAGCGAUUCACCAACCUAAGGGAUUUCCAUGAGCUUUAUAAUGCAGGCCACAUGAUCGAGGCAGCACUCGCACAUCAGGAUCAUUAUCACAAUGAUCAACUCAUAGAGCCCAUAUUGAAGUACGUUGAUCUCUUGUGUCAAAGGUUCGGUCCUGGAACGAAUCAGACCCACGGUUAUCCUGGCCAUCCCGAGAUUGAGUUGGCCCUACUCCGCUUGUACGAAAGGACCAAGAAUUCAAAGCAUUUGGACUUGGCCAAGUAUUUCAUCACCGAGCGGGGCAACCCUGUGGGCGAUGAUGGACAUCACUUUUACAUAUCCGAGGCGAAACGUAGGGGCGAUGACCCCCGAAGACGGCCAGAUUACUGGCCGGACAAGUCUUGUCUCUGGUACUAUGCUGCACAUGAGCCAAUCACGAAACAGAAGUCCAUUGAAGGUCACUCUGUCAGAGCAAUGUAUCUCCUCACGGCCGCCGCAGAUCUUAUUCUGAAUGCCGAUUUACCUUUACAAGACUUGCAAAGAGCUGUGUUUGGACUAUGGGAUAACAUGGUUCAGCGUAAGAUGUAUGUAACAGGCGGAAUUGGUGCUAUGAAGCAGUGGGAGGGUUUCGGGCCGGAUUACUUUUUGCCACAGGGUACUGACGAAGGAGGUUGCUAUGCAGAGACCUGCGCAGCCAUUGGCGUAAUGAUGUUGGCGGAGAGAUUGCUCAAGAGCGAUCUUGAUGGGCGCUUUACGGACAUAAUGGAGCUCUGCCUCUAUAAUGCCGUCCUAACGGCAAUGUCUCCUGAUGGCAGGAAUUUCACCUACGUGAAUCAGCUAGCUUCAAGCGAUAAGGAUCCUUCCCAACGGUCAUCAUGGUUUACAUGUGCCUGUUGUCCUCCGAACAUGCUUCGCCUCUUUGGACACGUUGGAGGCUAUAUAUACUCCACUUCGAGUAGCUCUGAGCCCAAGCAUACUGAAAUCAUUGUUCACCUAUACACUGGUAGUACUCUGAAGUUUGAGGUUGAUGGCAAAGAAGCCAGCCUGACACAGGAGACGAAUUGGCCAUGGAACGGUAACGUCAAGUUCCGCUUUGAGUCGCCGUCGGAGAAUGUUUCGUGCAAACUGCGUAUACCAGCCUGGGCCGAUGAUUUCCACCUGUCGCCUAGCCCGCCAAGUCUACAUGUCGAAAAAGGUUAUGUUAGCAUUCCAGCUUCAUGGCUCGCCAAAAACCCAAGCUUCGAGCUGAGCAUACCAAUGACGCCCAGGUUAAUGAAGCAACACCCCUUGACAAACCAGGAUACCAUCAGCGUUGCAAGAGGGCCCAUCGUAUAUUGCGUUGAAGAUGUGGACAAUCCGUGGGUCACAGAUCACUUCCGCAGUCUUCAACUGGAUCCGCAGUGUCAGUUCACAGAGCGAAACGUGAAUGAUGAAGGUAACAACGACAACUAUAUUGCCCUGACAGUAGAGAAAGGUGCCUCGCUGUUGGAUGAGGGUGCUUUCUCAGCACCGAGUACGAAGGUGAACAAGUGGGAUGAGGCGGUGAAUCACGGAGAGCUGGUAGAGGAACUGCACUUUGUCCCCUAUUUCUUGCGGGCAUCGCGGGGCGGUCGGGGACAGGCACGAGUCGGGCUGAAACAUUGGCGCAAGUAGAAUAGACAGUUCGUCUAUGUAUACAGGAAGUUAGCAGCC